AUGAAGGCCCGAAUCCCCAAAAUACAUGCCCGGUGGGAACACAUGGACAAUGCUGGCAUCUCCAAGCGGAGGCGUCGCCGGCCAGCCAAAGGGGCACUGUCCCCAGACAACAAACUGGCUUUGGUCGACGCCGCCUGGGGGGCCAGGUGUUCCGCCAUCCAGGAGAAGGGCAAGAAGUGUCUUGAACUCGUUACCCAGCGUGUGGAGUGUUUGGAGGCCUACAACAAGUGUCUCCACAAAGGAAACACCACUCUCAAGGGAGAAGUGGCCGAGAACGUUUCCCUGCGGUGGUAUCAAGAAGGCCAGCUACAAAAGGCACUCGCAACAAACAGAGAGAACAGCCGAACCAUCCAGGGUCUGAUUUCUAGUGCCCGCCAGCAGAAUAUGGUGCUGACCAACCAUAUUGGGGGCCUAGAAGGUAUACGCGAGAUGGAGGCCACUGCUGCCACCCACACCCACCACAGCGAAUUGGAGAGCACCCGCCUCACCUUGGAGAGGGCCCGCGAAUCCGCGCUUGCCGGUCAGAGCUAUGAAUACGAGGAGCGGCAGAGAGAGAUCAUCCGCCAGCACGAGGCGGAGAAGCUGAAUGCCAAAGCCCAGAUGGCAGAGGUCACUCGCCAACAAGCGGCGCAGAACCUGGAUUCUCAAGACAAGAUGGAAGCGAUGACCCGCCAGCACACUGCGCAGAAACUCGACAUUCAUGCCAGGAUGGAAGAGUUGACAGAGCAGGCAGCUUCAAACAAAUCGCUGUUGGAACGGACCGAGGCCCGCCUUGCGGAAUCGCUCGCCGAAAACGUCGCCCUCACCAAAAGGCUAGACAGGGCUGAGAACCUUCAAGGGACCACGAGAUCUGCGCGUGGUGGCAUUACGAAGUCCAAGCCAAAGCACGCCAAACUUCGCGAUGGAACCAACAAUCCCCAACAAAGCCAACGUUCCACAGAGGCAGCUGAAAAGCUACGAAAGGGACGAAAUAUGGUCCAAAGAUUGAGAGCAUUGCGCCGAUCCUCUGAAGAUCACGUCUCCAAGCCUGAUGAGGACGAACUGGCGAACAUCUGCAAAGGGUUGACGCUUUAG